AUGGAAUCGCAAAUUGUCGAAGCAUGGGACGAGCGAGACGACUGGAGAGGAGUUGCCAGCUCCAAAGAGCGGAGGAAGCGGCAGAACCGUCUUCACCAAAGAGCCCACCGGAAGAAACGCUUGCUGAAGUCCGUCGUUCGCGACCAGCGCGACCUCCCCAACUUAGACUCGACGUGUGACAAUGCACUUGUUUUGCCAGCACAAGACCCUUUAGAUAUUACGGUGACUUUAGGAGUGAACCACCUUCAGGUGGUCAUUGAGCGCAUGAAAUGCACCCCGGUAUCUGAGCAGGUCUUGAGCUUCUUGAGAAGCGCCUAUUUGAACUGGAGCCUCGGGCGCCCAAUUCCACACGACAUGCCGUCCGUCACCCGCCUGAAUGCCCUUAACGCUCUGAUGCGGAAUGCCGCAAUUCUCCAAAUCCCCGUCGAGUUCUUAGAAACGGAUGACUUCAAUUCACCUUUCAAUUUAUACGGCCCCGUGCAAAACAACUUAUUAUCCCUGCCCUCCGAUCUUUGUCCCACGACGUGCCAACGGUCAGUAACGCAUCAUUCCUGGCUAGACAUAUUUCCGUUUCCGGGACUGAGAGACAACAUACUACGAGGCCUUGAAGCCGGAGCGUACGACGAGGACUACUUGUGCCAGGAACUCUGCUGCGACCUUUUGAACUCGGAAGCGGAGGACGUAGCCGGGGUGGUUAUUUGGGGAGACUCAUGGGACGCCAAGGGCUGGGAGUUUAGUGUGAAGUUUUUUAUGAAAUGGGGCGUAUUGCUCCUAGGUUGCCCGGAGAUUUUGGAGGCUACCAACUAUUGGAGAGGCAAGCGAGGUCUACGGAGGAUCGACUUGCCCGUUUCGUGA